AUGAACGAUGAACAAAGAUUUAAUUCUAAUUCAAACCAAAAUUUUAUGUCAUUUGAAUUUGAUUUCCAUAUUAUAGAACAAUUAUUUGAUAUUAUUAAACAAUUAACAAAUGUAUCUGACACUAAACUCAAUCAUAUAUUGGUUAUUUGCUUGAGAUUAUUUAAAGUACAUUUAAAAUAUUUAUUUACAUUAACAAAUUUUUCAUCAUCAAUGUCAUUUAUUAGUGAAAUUAUAAAUUCAUUAAUUUCAAAUGAUAAUUUAAAAUUAUGGUUUGAUACUUUAUUAAAAUUAAUUUUUGAAACUAAUGAAAAAUCUAACAUAUGUGCACAAGCAUCAGAAUGUCUUAUUCAACUUCUUGAUAGUAAAUUAUUUUCAUUUACAGAUAAAUUAUCUUUUAUUUAUCAAACUCU